AUGGAAAUUGGACCACCGAAAAGUCGAUGUAUAAUAUGUGAUAAAGAAAAACGAGCUGUUCGAUGUGAAGGUUGUCUACAAUUAUUUUGUUAUGAUCAUUUAACAGAUCAUCGACAAGAAUUAAAUAAACAAUUAGAUUAUGUCGAACGUACUCGUGAUGUUUUUCGACAAACACUUAAUGAACAAAUGAAUCAUCCACAAAUCGGUUUAUUAGUUAAACAAAUUGAUAUAUGGGAAGAUGAUUCAAUUAAAACUAUUCGAGAAACAGCAUCAGAAUAUCGACAAUUAUUAGCUAAAAAUACAUCGAAAAAUUCUCAAGAACUUGAAGCUAAUCUAGCAGCAUUAUCUGAACAAAUACGAAGAAUUCGUCAAGAAAAUGAUUUUAAUGAAGUUGAUUUAGCUCAUUUUAAUCAAAAAUUAAAACAAUUAGCAGAAAAACUUUUUACUCUAUCCAGUGUCUCAAUUCCACAAGAUCCUACACCACUUAUUUAUAAACUUUCUAUUUCUACAAGUCCUGGUCCCGGUCCAGGUCCUGGUUUUGGUCCUGUUCCUCCUGUUCCUGAUAUUGAAGAAAAACAAAAUAUUCAUUAUAUACCAAAACAUGUUAGUUGUCCAAACAAAACUCAUAACGUUGUUAGAUGGAAACAACAUGGAUCAACUAUUGCUGGAAAGCAUCAUCAUGAUCAACUCAGUGAUCCUCUAGGUCUUUAUAUUGAUUAUGAUGAUCCACCAGUUUAUUAUGUUGCUGAUUAUGGAAAUCAUCGUGUUGUUAGAUGGAGAGCUGGUACACAUCAUAUGGAAGUUCUUGCUGGUGGUAAUGGUAAAGGAAAACGACUGGAUCAAUUAAAUUAUCCAACAGAUUUAAUUGUUGAUAAAAUGACUGAUUCUAUAUUCAUUUGUGAUCAAGGAAAUCGACGUGUAAUACGUUGGUCUCGUCAUUGUAAUACAGAUCAACAAAUAAUUCUUGAUAAUAUUGUUUGCUGGGGUUUAGCUAUGGAUGAUAAUGGUGAUCUUUAUGUUUCGGAUUAUGAAAAAGAUGAAGUAAGACGAUGGACAAAAGGCGAACCAAAUGGAAUAUUAGUUGCAGGUGGAAAUGGAAAAGGAAGUCAUCUUAAUCAACUCAAUUAUCCUAGUUAUAUUUUUGUUGAUGAUGAUCAUUCAAUUUAUGUUUCAGAUUCAAAUAAUAAUCGUGUUAUGAAAUGGCCAAAAGGUGCAAAAGAAGGAAUUGUUGUUGCUGGCGGACAUGGUCCUGGAAAUAGUUUCGCACAUUUAUGUAAUCCUCAAGGAGUGAUGGUUGGUCGUUGUGGUCAUAUCUUUGUAGCUGAUUCUCAUAAUCAUAGAGUAGUACGUUGGUCACCAGAUUCAGACGUUGGCACUCUUAUUGUUGGUGGACAUGGACAAGGAUCACGAUCGAAUCAAUUUAGUUGUCCAAUAGGUUUAUCAUUUGAUCGACUUGGCAGUCUGUGUGUUGUCGAUUGGGGUAACAAUCGCGUACAAAAAUUUGAUGUUGAAUUUCAUUAA